AUGCGCUGGGGGGGCCUGAUCCUGCUCUGCCUGCUGCGCGGGGCGCUGGGCGCGGCGGGCCCGCGGGGCGCAGGGCUGCGGAGAGCUCGGGAGGCCUCGCCGGGGACCGAGGGGACCCACAUCAGCCAGGACCUGGUGGGGGGCAGCCUGGCCAUCGACACGCUGCCGGCCAACGAGACGCGGAUCGUGGAGGACAACCACAGCUACUACGUGUCGCGGAUCUACGGGCCGGGGGACGCCCGCCUGAGGGGGCUGUGGGUCGACAUGGCAGCGGCCAACAGGAGCCAAGUGAAGAUCCACGGGAUCCUCUCCAACACGCACCGGCAAGCCUCGAGAAUCGUCCUCUCCUUUGACUUCCCCUUCUACGGCCACCUCCUGCGGCAGGUCACGAUAGCGACCGGCGGUUUUAUCUUCAUGGGGGACGUCAUCCACCGGAUGCUCACGGCCACGCAGUACGUCGCACCGCUCAUGGCCAACUUCAACCCCAGCUACUCCCGCAACUCCACCGUCCAGUACUUGGACAACGGGACGGUUUUUGUGGUGCAGUGGGACAAGGUCUAUCUUCAGGGCAAGGAGGACAUGGGCAGCUUCACCUUCCAGGCAGCCCUGCACAGCACCGGGAGGAUCGUCUUUGGGUACAAGGAGAUCCCCGUGCCGGUCCUACAGAUCAGUGCCACCCAGCACCCCGUGAAAGCUGGCCUCUCCGAUGCCUUCAUGAUCCUCAACCCAUCUCCCGACGUGCCUGAGUCCCGCCGUCGGACCAUCUACGAAUAUCAUCGCGUGGAGCUGGACACCAGCAGGAUCACCAACAUGUCAGCCGUGGAGUUCACCCCGCUGCCCACUUGUCUCCAGCACGAGAGCUGUGAAAUGUGUGUGACCUCGGAGCUGACCUUCAACUGCAGCUGGUGUCACGUCCUGCAGAGAUGUUCCAGCGGCUUUGACCGAUACCGUGAGGAGUGGCUGUCCUACGGCUGUGGCCAGAAGUCAGAUGAGAAGACCUGCGAGGAUUUAGCAGAAGGCGACCGCUAUUCGGCACCUCCUGACAGCUCUUUCUCACCGCUGGAUGAGGAUGUCACCACCUCCACGUCCUCGCUCUUCAUUGACAGCCUCACUACAGAAGGUAGGGGCAGGUGGGAUGACACGAAGCUCAAUCAGUAUGCAGGAAGCGAAGGUGUGGGAAGCAGCCUUCCUUCCAAGAAAGCAGGCACCCCGAUUCACACAGGUACUAUCGUGGGGAUCAUUCUGGCUGUGCUGCUCAUUGCAGCUAUUAUCCUUGCUGGAAUUUACAUCAACAGCCACCCCACCUCCAACGCUGCCCUGUUCUUCAUUGAGCGAAGGCCACAUCACUGGCCUGCCAUGAAAUUCCGAAAUCACACCAACCAUGCAACGUACUCGGAGGUGGAGCCAGCCAGCCAGGAGAAGGAGGGCUUUGUCGAAGCAGAACAGUGCUGAGCGCUUCUCGCCCUGCGUCUUGAACCUCCCAUGUCUCAAGUGUUGGAAUCUUCUGUUAUUCUAUUGCAAAGUCUUUCCCCCUCUUGGAAAAGAAACAGCAAGUAGAGGAAAAAGACCCAAGGGAAGCAUUUGAAAAGGAGUCAGGGCGAUUGAGGCUGGGACUCGC